CUCAAAUUUUGUGAUUUGAGAAUGCUUAAUGCUGCAGUCAGCAAGUUUAAUAUCUUAAGCAAUGAGUUUAAUAUCUUAAGCAAUGAAAUGUUGGAACUGAUGAAUAGAAGCUGAGGCAUUGUAAUGGCAUCAAGUGGAAGUGGAAGUGGAACAGGAACACGAUCCUCUGUUGGUAGUCAUGAAACAGAAAAUGAAGAAACUAAGUACAGGAACCCCAAAUAUCCAUUGUGGGUUCAUGUUACCAGAUAUGUGACACCCGGCCGUGGAGGCAAUGCGAGAUUUAGGUGUCAUUUUUGUGAAAAAGAUUAUCCGGGCAGCUAUUCAAGAGUGAGGUCUCAUCUUCUAAAGGUGAGAAAUACGGGUGUUGCGAUUUGUGAGAAGAUUUCGUACCCUAUCCUUGAGCAACUUCGCAAGGAAGAUCGUGAAGCUAUAGAGGUUGCAACAACUAGUGCCCCUAGGAAUAAGCUACUUCGCUUACCCCCUUUUGAAGAUUCAGGCUUGCCACCAUCAUCAAAGAAAAGAAAAGGGAAGCAAUCAGAGAUUUCAGAAAGUUUUAAUGCUGAAACCCGACACAUUGCCGAUGGUCAUAUUGCAAGAUUGUUCUACACUGCAGGGCUACCUUUCAAUGUGGCAAGGAACCCCAAUUAUCGGGCUUCUUACAAUUUUGUUGCAAACAACAAAAUGGGUGGUUAUGUGCCUCCGGGAUAUAAUGCAUUGAGAACAAAUCUUCUCCAAAAAGAGAAGGCACAUGUUGAGAGGAUGCUUCAACCUAUCAAAUCCACUUGGCCCUUCAAAGAAGUGACUAUUGCAGCUGAUGGGUGGACUGAUCCGCAAAGACGCCCAAUUUUAAAUUUUAUAGCUGUGACAGAGGGUGCUCCAAUUUUUCUAAAAUCAAUUGACUCCGAAGGAGAGGUGAAAAGCAAGGAAUAUAUCUUCGAUAGGUUGAAGGAGGUGAUAGAGGAAGUUGGAUCAAAGAAUGUGGUCCAAGUGAUCACUGACAAUGCGGCAAAUUGCAAAGCCGCCGGAUUGAUGAUUGAAUCAAAGUACAAGAACAUCUUUUGGACUCCUUGCGUUGUGCACACCCUCAACCUUGCAUUGAAGAAUAUUUGUGCUCCAAAGGACGAUGAAGGCGACAAUAAAGAACUUGUUUGGAUCAAACACAUCUCAGAAGAUGCCUCCUAUAUCAAGAAUUACAUCAUGAAUCAUGGCAUGAGGUUGUCCAUGUUCAAUGAGUUUACCAAACUCAAGUUUCUUGCAGUUGCAGAAACAAGAUUUGCUAGUGUCAUUGUCAUGUUGAAGAGGUUCUUGCUUAUCAAGGAAGCAUUGGUGCUCAUGGUUGUUGGUGACAAGUGGAUGGCUUAUAGGGAGGACGAUCCAACCAAAGCUCAAGCGGUGAAGGAAAAGAUUCUCAAUGAUAUAUGGUGGGAUCAAGUUCAAUACAUUAUUGAUUUCACCGAUCCUAUUUAUUCAAUGCUACGGGCAGCUGACACAGACAAGCCAUGUCUCCAUUUGGUCUAUGAGAUGUGGGACUCUAUGAUAGAGAAGGUGAGAGCUUGUAUCUAUCGGAAGGAGGGAAUUGUGGAUGGUGGUACAAGUGUCUUUUUUGAUGUUGUUCAAAGCAUUUUACUAUCUAGGUGGGGCAAGAGUAAUACUCCUCUCCAGUGUUUGGCACACUCACUAAAUCCAAGAUACUAUACUCCAGCUUGGCUUAAUGAAGUAUCUGGUCGUGUCAGCCCAAAUAAUGAUGUUAAAAUUAAUACUGAGAGGAACAAAUGUUUUAGAAAGUUCUUUCCGGAUCCGGAUGACUUAAGAAAAAUCAAGACACAAUUUGCUGAUUUCUCACUAUUUUUGGGUGCCUUCGAUGACCCUGAUUCAGUUGAGGAUAGAGCUCAUUUUGACACAAAGCAAUGGUGGGGCACUUAUGGAGUUCACACCCCAGAGUUGAAAGAUUUAGCCUUAAAGCUACUUGGGCAGCCAGCAUCUUCCUCUUGCUGUGAGAGGAAUUGGAGCACAUAUGCUUUUAUACAUAGCAUGAAGAGGAAUAAGCUCACUCCUGAGAGAGCUGAGGAUUUGGUGUUUGUGCAUAACAACUUGCGUCUUCUUUCAAGGAAGUCCAAUGAUUAUCAAAGUGGACCAAGCCGAAUGUGGGAUGUCGGGGGAGAUGGCACCGAGAGCUUUGUUGGUGUUGGCUUUUUAGAAGGUGCUGAUCUGACACUUGAUGAGCCAGAAUUUGAGGAGGAGAUAUUAGGAGGGGAAGAUUGAGUUCUUAUCAGUUCUUGAAGAGCUUAGCAUAUUUCUUUAUCUUAUAUUUCUAUGAUAUUUUGAUAUUAUUAUGUAAUGCACAAUAUUCGACUAUGGUUGUAAUUUUGUAUUUGGGGUUUACCGUAUCCCCGUAUUGCUAUUUUUGGAAAAUAUUGUAUCCCCGUAUCCCCGUAUCCGUAUCCCCGUAUCCGUA